CAGGAAGGUUUUGAGAGACUUCAUUAGAUGUGUUUAACGAAGUAACCUCUGGACUAGACCAAGGCGGCGGCCGUAAAUGCUAACCACAGAUUCUCCUUGACCAUGGAUUCCUUGUUAGGCAAGCUGUUCGCAUCAACAUUCAUUCUACCGUUCACUGCUGGAAAUUACCGUAGACGACAGAAUGGAUCCUGGUAUUAUGAUUGUACCAUUUCGUCCCGCGUUCUGUUUCUGAUCGUUCUUGCAACAGUGAUAAUAUUCUCCGCCACCAAAUGGAUACCAACCCAUAUGGAUCUCCGAUUGGGAUUUGUCCUAAUUCUUUUGUCCUUACUAAUGGUUUCUGGGGUGAUUGGCAGCUAUAUUAUGGGAUGCCUUGUUCGGAAACAAGGCCUCCAAUCCGUUGUUGUUGCACGACGAAACUCAAAUACAAUGAAAGUUCAAGUGAUAUUUCUGUGGAUUUUCGGUCUGACAUCAGGAUUGUAUUGUGCGUUUUUUAUCGGGAAGCAGAUCGAGUGUUCAGUAUAUACCUCUGGAGGAUUUUAUUGGGACGUUUUAUUUUGUUUCAAUAUCUUAUUGAUCUAUUGCCUUUUUUCCCAACUGCUUUUCAUAACGUACUUUUCAUCAUUCAAACUGAAACAGACUAUUUUGGUGAAUAACGUUAUGUUAAUGUUGCUAACCGCAACUAUAUCUGUGAUGUUGUACAUAUAUAUGAUGAGCGAUACAAUGUCGUAUUUGAUUAACAUUGACUAUGAAGAUAAUUUAAUUUCCUGCUUAAAAACCAAUACCACAAUGACUUUUCUUAGGGUUAAGUUACGGGAAUUUGUACAUCCAGUAUAUAUGGAGUAUUGUCUUUUUUCAGCAACAAUUAUUCUUGAGAUAUGGUCACCCACGGAAACGUAUUACCCUUUUAUCGGAUCACCGUACAUAGAGAGAGGUACCAGGAACUCGACAAUACUGCCUGAUAACCUCACAUCAGUUGAGAAUCCUAUUUCGGAAAAUCAAGGAAGAAGGAAGUUGUACCAUUUGAUAACACUGGCUGUGAGUUUAACAACAGGUCUCGGUCUUGUUGUGUGUUACGUCGUUAUGGCAUUGGACAUAGGAAAUUUAGAAAGCAUUGGAUACGUUGCUGAAGUAUAUGAAUUUACUCUAAAACUUGUAAUGAUGAUUGUGAUACUUGCUGGAUUCUUUUGUUUGGUAAAUUACUGUACUCCUGACAGUUCAGCGAAAGGUUUGAAAUCUCGGGAGUAUGUGUAUUUGCUAUCGGCGUUUGGUAUGAUCAUGAUGCAUACGUUGCAAGUGAUAGUAGGCGACGUGUCUUCCGAUUAUGCAGCAAAUAUAUAUAUAUGUCUACAAAUAUCCUUAGCGUUUUCCAAGAUUAUAUCCAGGUCGUAUUUUUAAUGUAUGCAAACCGUUGUAAAAAAUAUGACCGUCAGUCAAAUGGCGCUUUUCUUGAAUCAAUUCUUAUGUUUAUCAUGAUAAGCAACCUCAUCCUCUGGUUUAACGAUAGUUUUCUUCUUUCUGAACUUUCGAGUACACGGAUAUUAAAACAUAACAAACUACCAAAGGAAAUAUUUCAUUUUAUGUAUAACGUUUUACUGCCCAUGUCAAUAUACUUUCGUUUCACUUCUUUUAUGGAAUAUUACGCAACAUUUGGUAAAUAUACAUCAUAGAGAAAUAUUUUUAGAAAGCUUGUGUGACAGAAAUUAUAAAAUUAAAAUGCCAGAUUCUUGCUUGAUGAUAUGUAAUAAAAAGAUACUUUAUCUUAAAUCCAAAUAAUUUUAAUGUAUACAUAUAUAUAUAAUUGUUGGACAUUUUUGGGAAAGGAAUCUGUUUCAUUGGAAAAAAGUACAAUGGUUUUUUGCUUUGUUUAGUGUGUUUGUUUCCCGGAUUACGAUAGGAAAUUAAAAGUUCUACUGUAUUAAAUAUAAAUAAUACAUAACUUUCAGAGUUAUACAAUGAGGCGUGUACAUUUAACUCUGGUGGCACCAUUUUAGCCUUAACUCAGCUAAAACUGGGACCAGUUGGUUGUACAGCGCGUAAAGUCCUAGCAACAGAUAAGGUCAUUGAAGGACGAACUGUGAACAGUAUCAUACAGUCUAUAAUAUAUUUGGUUAAGCAUGAAACAUACAUCUUAUUAAUUUAUUUGAAGGUUAUAUCCUUAUAUACGUUUAAACCGUUAAUACGUAACGUGUUUUAUUUAUAAAUACGUUCGUUUUAUACAAUGUUGCAAAAGAGACUGACGGUGUAUUAAUUGGUUGAUAUACUGCAUUACUACCUGCACGUGACCUUUGACCGGACAAGACAUGAAGGCACGAUGUAUAGUGACGUCAUAUGCAAGAUGUACAUGCAGUGUGGCCUAAGUACUGAUUCAAACCUGUGUAAAACUUGAGUGUUCAGUCAAAAUUUGAACUUUAUUUAAUUCUAAAACUUUGAAAGACACUACAUAAACCCUAUGUGUUUCAAAUUUUAAUUGUUUACAAAAAUAAAACACGAUACGAAAAUCAAUCGUUUUGAGGCCUUUAGAGUCUAUUUACUUCUUUUUAUCUUCUAUUUUCUUACAAUGAUUCAUUUCAGGUCGAGUUCAUUAGUGUCCAUCGGUGUAAUUUAACGUUCGUUAAUUAUACAGCUGAACAUUGUAAUCUUAAUGCAAAACCGUAUGCAAUAGUUGUGAAUAUGAUACUGUGUAAAAGGCCACAUUUGUUGCAUAUCAUGAAUUGUGUUUAUUAAAUGAGGUGUUAUGUAGCUAUUUAAUUAUGUUGAUGCAAAAGUUAUCAGGUUUACUUAAAUUUGCGGGGUUUUAGUUUCCUGCAUCGCUGUAAACAGUAAAAACAACCAACUACAAUUAAUUAGCUUGGUUCAUAUUUCGCACAUGUAUACAGCCAAAGAAUAACUCGAAAAUAAAACCCUCCAAAAUUUGAUGUGAUUUAAUCUUCUUCAAACCUACUUUUAACUUGAUUUUAACCUAUGCUUUAAAAAUAAAGACUUGACA